CGCUCCCUACCACAGCACCAUUUCUCCAGAUCAAUCUCGACAAACAAUGGUCGCCAUCAUGCAGUCUUCCCUCGUUAUCCUUCUCGGUCUCUCUGCUGUCUCUGAUGCCACCAAUCUCCGUCAAACCAACCGCGACCUUAGUGAAAUGACAGCCACACAGGCGAGCGCACUGCUAGCUCGUGUCAACAAGGAACGCGCUGCUCACGGACUACCCGCAUUAUGCUCGAACAAGAAGCUACAGGCUGCCGCUCUACGUCAUGUCAAGGACCAGUCCAAGACGGACUACGUGUCUGACACCGGAACCGACGACUCGACUCCGAAGCAGCGUGUCACCGAGGCUGGGUACAAAUGGCAGAGCGUGGCUGAAAGCAUCGACGCAGGAAAUACCAACGCAAAUGCUGUAGUGGACUGGUGGAUGAAGGGAACUAGUCGCGACAACAUCCUCGGCAAGUACACCAUGGUCGGCACGGCGUACAUGUACAACGAUAACACCUACAGCAAGCACUACUGGGUCCAGGUCUACGCUACUGGCAGCUCGGAAGAGUGUGAUGCCUAGGAAUAGGAACCAGGAUGACAUUUCUGUUGUCAAACACAACACUUUGUAUAGAAGACGAUCGAAUAAUACUAAGGAAGAACACUACUUUUAGAAUUUGUCAACAUGACUAUUUCCACC